AUGGGUAUUUCAAAUGAUCCCCGCGAGUCAUGGGAUUCUCUCACCUCCGCCCUCUCCGGCCUUGAAGUUUCGUUUUCGCAAGAUAGCUGCUAUGGCUCAGAUGAAUACUCGAUCACGUCAAACCCUUCCGGCCCGCUCCAGUCGAGUGUGUCGAGCGUGUCGACUUGUCUCGCUGCACGUGAACCGGACCUGCACAAGUUUUUAAAGCCGAUCUUGAAGAACUCUACCAGUUAUGUGGAGCUUGAUGCACAAUCUGAAUCGGGCUAUGGAUCGGAUGAGAUCGACUCUGAUUACGAAGAACUGUCUGACCAGAAAGAGGACGACGAAGAGGAUGAUGAUGACGACAAUUAUUCCGACUUCUCAGUCUGGGACGAGACUUCUGGGGAAGUCCCUGAGACCCAGGAGGACCACACCGAGUCUUUUGACGAUUCCUUCAUCGCGUUCGAGACCGUGGGCGUGCAUUUUGAUACCGAAGUGCAAUACAUCGACACUCCUGAACUUUCCGAAGACGACGACGAAACCUCCGGCUCCCAGAUGACCUUUCAUGAGAUGAUGCUCGCGCACAAAUCCGGCUCCCAAAGUGUGGUGAAUUACUUCAACGCCGUUGACCCUUCCGAGAAUGAAGACGGCCACCAAGAGUUUGUCCGUCACGUCGCAUACCAACCAGACGAAUUCAGCCGCGAUGCAGUCGAUCUGGAUCAGCGCCUCUUUGUCGCUUACAUGAAUGGCAUCCACGGAAUUGCCGACAGCAAAUACAAAAACUAUCUUCGCGCCCAGGUGGACAACAUCCGGAUGGGUCUGGACAGCGACUCCUUCGACUCGGACAACUCGGCCUGCAUGUACCUCGAACUGAUUUCGAAUCAUGUCAACAACAUUUUUCGCAACUUGCUGGCUGAUGACGAAGUCACCGAACUCCUCGCCCUGUACGAAGAACAACCGACCACCUUUAUCCCGGCCCAUCACCAAGCCUUACUCGGUAAAAUUGAGCAUCUGUUGCUUGAUCGUCUGGCAAAUGGACGUGUGGAAGUCUGCCCGGACGAGCUUCGCUUCUUGGCCGGCGGUGUGGUGCACGCCAUCGGCGACUGGCAAUGA